GGUCCGUCCGCUAGUCAGAGGUCUUUAAUAAGAAACCCCCGGCGUGAGCAGCGAUGCAACUGCAAGAAAGGCGAACGCAUAUUUUCAGAGAGCUCCUUCAAUUCCCAUCUACUGUAGCUGAGUCACAGAGGAGAAGACAUCGUGGUGGUGGUGGUGAUGACAACGACGAUGAUGGUGAUAAAGCCAAAGCCCAGGUAUCUCUUUCCACUGUAGGAGAGGACAAAGCGAUGCUCCUGGGUUACUGCAUGAUUGUUUUCUCCAUCUUCAUGUACUUGGCGGUGGGGAUCAUUGUGGUAAGGCCGUGUAUCCACAGUGACUGGGGAGACGCCACCAACUGCUCACUGAUCCAGGCCGAGUUUCUCAGCGAGUCUGUUCAAAGAGGCAGCAGUUAUCCGUGUCUGAAGGUUUUGGUGAACAUCACAAAUGGAACAUCUGAAAGAACAUUGUAUCUGCGCUACGAUGAAACAGCCCUGGACCUGAGCCCAGAGUGUUUCUACACCCCGAAAAACCACCAAAACAUAUCCGACAUGAUGAAAGAGGCUCAGGCAAUCAAAGAUCAUUUCAAUAAAUGGCAAGGCCAGACUGUAACGUGUCACCUGAGCGAAUGGCACUACCCGGAUGACGCCAUCCUGACAAAGAAACACAACCUGCACAUGGCGCUGUGGUGCCUGGUGUGGCCAAGCCUCAUGCUGUUUGGAGGAGCGCUGCUGGUCGGUCUGGUCAUGCUCACGCAGUACCUUGCAAAUCUGUGUAACCAAAUCAUCCCAGAAGAGGAGGAAUAGUGGACAGGUAGAGCACAGUAGGCCAAAACAAACUCGACCCAUUUGUACUCUGUAUGCCCUGGAGUUCCAGCAUAGAAGAGGAAGAUUAAGACAACCAACCCAGCUCCAAUACAAUGAUACUGCUUGGAACUAGCAAUCAAAUCCCAGGACUGAGUGGGUUCUUGAGCAACACCCUUAUCCUUAAAUUGCUUACUGUAUCAUUUGAUCAGGUGAAAGUAUCUUGCAAUGACUGAAUGAAUGAAUGUAUAUAUUUGUUUUAUAAUCAUGAUUACAUGAUAUGGUUCCAACAUGCAGGAUGUUGGGCAGCAUGUGGUCAUUCGUGUCUCGCAGCUCCAGGGUCCCCAUUGUGAUCCUGAGCUCAUGCUGCUCUGAGGAGUUCCACGUGUCCUCCCAGCAUCCAUGUUGGUUUCCUUCAGGUUCUCUGGUUACAUCCCAUCUCCAAAAACAUGUAAGUAGGUGGAUCGGUGACUCCAAAUUCCCACUAGAUGUGAACAUCUUCUGCAGGGCGCAUUCACGCUUCACACCCGUUGUUGUCGUCAGGAUAGUCAAUGCAAUGCUCAGAGUCACAGAGAAGGAAGAGCUAGAUAGAUUUUUAAAAGGAUUUGGUACUACUUCAGCAAUAUGCCAGGAAAAGAUCAGACCUCCAUCUGUCAAGGCUGGAUAUACUUACAAAGAGCUCUUCUUGGUUUGAUGUUCUGCUAUCCAAAAGCUUUUAUGGUUGGAUCAUGGCAUGAAGAAAAGUUCAUACAUGAGGUUUCAGUGAUUGAAUUUUUUUUUUAUCAUUGGGAUCAUUGGGCAACUCCACCGGAGCUCCAAAUGCUACCAACAGAUGAGGUUCUGAAAGUAGAAUAGGACAUUUCUGUGAAAAAAGAAGGGUUAGCAGAAACUAUUACUAUCUAUGCACUAUUAAGGGAUAUUAUUUAUUAAACUACUUACAACUGAAUAUACCAUAUACA